AUGUCACAUCUAGAACCUACUUACCUUUUCCCCUCCACAGAUGAACAUUGGAAAAACAUCCGCACCACCGUCAGCCCAACGUUCAACACGGUCCGGCUAAGGCGGAUGUACGGACACAUUGAGAGCAACACCAGACGUCUGUUGGAUCACUUGAAGAAGAAACAGGAGAGAAACGAGCCGGUGGAGCUGAAGGAGGUCCUGUCUCUCUUCACCAUGGAUGUCAUCGCCAGCACGGGCUUCGGGGUGCACACCAACUCUCUCGAGGACCCGAAUAACCAGUUCAUCAAAGAAUCCGAGAGAAUCGUGGCCAGCAUAGGGCGAAUCUUUUUGAUCAGCACUUUCUUAGGUUUCCUCAAGCCUGUCCUGACAUUUUUUGGAAUAGCGAGCAUGCCUCGGGUGUCUCUGGACUUUUUCUCUCGUUUCGUCGACGUGGUCAUUCAGGAGAGGAAGCACGAGGGCUCUGGGGCGGGUUCGAAGAGGCACGACUUUCUCCAGCUGAUGAUGGAGGCGGGAGAAGACAAGCCGGGACAGGAAAACGACAACAGGACAGAGGAAGAGGCAACAGCGCUCAACAAUCGCAGCAGGAGCAAGCCAGGGCUCAGCCCAGGCGACAUGAAGGGACAAGCCAUCAUCUUCACCAUGGCCGGCUACGAGACAGUGUCUAGCGCCAUGACCUUCACCUUGUUCCUCCUGGCCAUGAACCCAGAGUGUCUCCACAAAGCACAGACGGAAGUGGACGAAGUUCUGGGCGGAAAGUUCCCGGAUUACGACGACAUACAGUCUCUGAAGUACUUGGACAUGUGUCUCAACGAAGCUAUCAGGAUGUUUCCGCCUGGGUUCCUGAUUGACCGCAAAUGCAACGCCGAUGUUGAGAUACAGGGGGUUCGAAUCCCGAAGGGGGUGACCGUUUUGUUUCCAAUGGGUCCCCGCAACUGUGUGGGAAUGAGACUGGCCCUGCUGGAAACAAAAGUUGCAGUGGCGGCCAUCUUGCAGAAGUUUAGCCUAGUCCGCUGCCAACAGUCAAAGUACCCCGUGGUUCUCGAGCAGUUUCGGAUGGCGGCUAAGGACGGUGCCUGGGUCAAACUGGAAUCACGGGCAUAAAGACCCUCACAAGUUGAAAUUUCAACUAAAAGAGAGUCUACAAUUUUCCUUUUUUUGAUAUUAAACCCGCAGGGGCGAAGGCUGACUUGUUUGACAGGGUAAUCAAAGUGAGACAAAGAACCAGACACAGAUCCCACAAUGGGAACACCAGUAGCAAAACUUCUUAUUGGAGGUGGAUUCACUGAAAUGUGAAUGAAAUCAAACCCUGAAUUCGUGUUGCAUGUUGCCCCGCCAAAGUAUUGUAAGAUCUAGAGAAAAUGUGUCAUUGACUAAUGUCUAUUCCCACUUUGAGCAAAACGUAAUAAUAACUUUUAAACGUGCGGUGGGAAUAGUAGUCUCAAGAUUUUUUAACAGUGAAUGUAACUAAAGAUGUGACUACACAAACAGAAGUCAAAGAAGCAAAGAUGACAAUACAAAAAAUAUAUUAUUAAUUUUGUUUCAAAUAGGGUGUCUUUUC